GCAUCAUAGAAGAAGACGGAAUCGCACCUUUAACACAAUCAGCUUUGCUAACGCAGUAUUUCACAUGUAUUUUGCCAUAUUUAAUGGCUGUUUUAAAUAGCCCAAGUUUAAUCCGUUUAUUUCGUGCACGAGUUAUUGUUCUUAUAUUGACGUGCAGCUUUGUACUGUGUGUCGUCUGGAAUUUGGAGAAUAAAACGCCAGAGAUAUCCACAGAACUGAUGACUGACCAGACUCUGGAGUAUUUUCUCAGCCAGGGGAAGAUACAGGUUAAGGAUGCAGCAGAUAUUGAAUGGGCCCAUGCUGCCAACAGCAAGAACAAGAUCACAGAGGCACUACAGAGCUCCGCCCACAUGAUAGAGGCAGACAUACUUCUGAGGAGUAACGACCCUAAAGAGCCAAUCAUGGCUCAUCCUCCUGAGACCGACAGUGAUGUCACGCUGCGUGAUUGGCUGAAGGAGGUCAAGGCAUCAGACAAAGGGAUAAAGCUCGACUUCAAAAGCCUGGCAGCGGUCGCUCCAUCCAUGGUGUUAUUAGACGAGGUUCGGGCUGAGCUCCAUGGUCCCGUGUGGAUCAACGCUGACAUCCUGCCAGGCCCUGGAGGCAAGGCCACACCCCUUGACCCCAAAGUCUUCCUGGAGGCAGCGGUGACCCCUGGUUCCCAUGGUGAUGUUCUCUCCCUGGGCUGGACAACGGGCUGGACUGCAGAUACACACAACCCAGGGUACAGCUGGGAGAUGGUGAGGGAGAUGGAGGCAGUGUGUCGGACCCUAAGACAUCCGGUCACCUUCCCUGUCAGAGCAGCCCUCCUGGCCCAGUCAUUCUCCCAGCUACACUGGCUUCUCCAGCAGUCAGACAGGUACAGCCUGACAGUGUGGACUGGCCACACUGAUGUCUUCGUUGUAAAGGACCUACUGCCUUACAGGAGUGACAUCGACAAGACCAGGAUAUAUUAUGACCUGCUGGACUCACAGAGGACACAGCUCAGAGGACUAACAGGCUACUGAUCUUGUGUUAUUAAAAAAAUAUAUUUAAAAAAUCUCUAUUUGUGUCUCUGCAUUGUUGGGGAAGGGCACGCAAAGUAAGCAUUUCACUGUUAGUCGACACCUGUUGUUUUAAUGAAGCACGUGAGGAAUAUUUGAUUUGAUUCGAAAGCCCCGGAAAGCCCCUCUCUGCCUUAUGAUCUCAAAGGUCAAAACUGAUCCUCGGAUCAGCACUUCUGAAUAUGGGCCCAGAGCCCAGAAGACUCCUCGUCUUGGAAGGACAACCGUUGUACACCCUAUUCCCUUAUGCGAUGCACUACUGUUGACCCGAAACACAGAGACCAGAACGUUUUCACUCUGAUGUCAGGAAUGGGGGUACCAGGCCUGUGAAAGGAGUCAGAUGAAACCCAUUCUCCAGCAGGCUGUAUUUUACUGGAGUUACACAAGACCAAUGAACAAUAACCAUUCAGAAGUCAAAGACAAUAGUUACCGUUUCUGAAGUGAAAUCAGGGCCACAGUUCAGGAUCACAAUGUAGCAGAAUGUUUUCCAGUUUGAACAAAACAUUUAACGUUAACAUUUGUCCAAAAACUAGUUUUUGGUAUCAAAUGUGUUUUUCAAAUAAUAGAUUAUAUUAAUAUGUUAUAUUAAUAGAUUAUAUCAGCGUUUAUUAAAGUAUGGGUCGCGGACCUGAUAAUGGUGGGUUGUGACGUCAAUGUAGAAUUCUUUCAUGAAUUACUGGAAUUGAUUUGGCAACUCUCUGUUCAGUGCUCUCUCUGCUUAGCAGUGCUCUCUCUGUUCAGUGCUCUCUCUGCUUAGCAGUGCUCUCUCUGCUUAGCAGUGCUCUCUCUGUUCAGCGCUCUCUGCUUAGCAGCGCUCUCUGUUCAGUGCUCUCUCUGCUUAGCAGCGCUCUCUGUUCAGUGCUCUCUCUGCUUAGCAGCGCUCUCUGUUCAGUACUCUCGCUGUUCAGUGCUCUCUCUGCUUAGCAGUGCUCUCUUCAGUGCUCUCUCUGCUUAGCAGUGCUCUCUCUGUUCAGUGCUCUCUGCUUAGCAGCGCUCUCUGUUCAGUGCUCUCUGUUCAGUACUCUCGCUGUUCAGUGCUCUCUCUGCUUAGCAGUGCUCUCUUCAGUGCUCUCUCUCUUCAGUGCUUUCUCUGUUCAGCGCUCUCUCUGUUCAGCGCUCUCUCUGCUUAGCAGCUCUCUCUGUUCAGUGCUCUCUCUGCUUAGCAGCGCUCUCUGUUCAGUGCUCUCUGUUCAGUGCUCUCUGCUUAGCAGCGCUCUCUGUUCAGUGCUCUCUCUGCUUAGCAGCGCUCUCUGUUCAGCAGCGCUCUCUGUUCAGUACCGCUCUCUGUUCAGCACUCUCUCUGCUUAGCAGCGCUCUCUCUGCUUAGCAGCGCUCUCUCUGCUUAGCAGCGCUCUCUCUGCUUAGCAGCGCUCUCUGUUCAGUACUCUCGCUGUUCAGUGCUCUCUCUACUUAGCAGUGCUCUCUUCAGUGCUCUCUCUGCUUAGCAGUGCUCUCUCUGUUCAGUGCUCUCUGCUUAGCAGCGCUCUCUGUUCAGUGCUCUCUGUUCAGUACUCUCGCUGUUCAGUGCUCUCUCUGCUUAGCAGUGCUCUCUUCAGUGCUCUCUCUCUUCAGUGCUCUCUCUCUUCAGUGCUCUCUCUCUUCAGUGCUUUCUCUGUUCAGCGCUCUCUCUGUUCAGCGCUCUCUCUGCUUAGCAGCUCUCUCUGUUCAGUGCUCUCUCUGCUUAGCAGCGCUCUCUGUUCAGUGCUCUCUGUUCAGUGCUCUCUGCUUAGCAGCGCUCUCUGUUCAGUGCUCUCUCUGCUUAGCAGCGCUCUCUGUUCAGCAGCGCUCUCUGUUCAGUACCGCUCUCUGUUCAGCGCUCUCUCUGCUUAGCAGCGCUCUCUCUGCUUAGCAGCGCUCUCUCUGCUUAGCAGCGCUCUCUCUGCUUAGCAGCGCUCCCUCUCUGCUUAGCAGCGCUCUCUCUGCUUAGCAGCGCUCUCUCUGUCCAGCAGCGCUCUCUGUUUAGCAGCUCUCUCUGUUCAGUGCUCUCUCUGCUUAGCAGCGCUCUCUCUGUCCAGCAGCGCUCUCUGUUUAGCAGCUCUCUCUGUUCAGUGCUCUCUCUGCUUAGCAGCGCUCUCUGUUCAGUGAUGACUUUCUGUCUCUUUCAUACAAACUUUGAGAAGUAACGAGGAGCUCCCACAAUGUGUUUUGUGUGUGGAAAUGCUUUGUAAUGAGUCUCUCAAAACGAACCAAUUAAUAAAACGACCUGUCCUGAUCAAACAUCCACAGCAUGGUGGUAAACCCAGGGAGGACUUUCAGAUCUGGGCAGAAUGCUUCAGGAAACAAUGCUUCGAACGUGGAAAAGUAAGUUAACAAGCAAGGCAUUGUUGUUAUAAAAUAACAGGUGAUGGAUGAUAAGCACAAAUAAGGGAGUAAUAUCUCUCAUAGUAGUUGAUGUGGGUUUCUCUUUCAAACAAUCCCCUGGCCUUGUUACGUUAAUUACAAUGUUAGCCAAAGCAAGCUAGCUAGCUACUGAUAGUGCAACUCUAGUAACAGUACAGAUGACAAAUUCAGGCCUACUGUACAUUUUACUGUAGAAAUUAUUGUUAAAAACAAGACUAGGUUGGAACUGUUGCUGUUAAAAUAAAAGUAAUUUUAAUUCUGAACUGCAAUCAACUGAAGCAAGAUACACUCACACAGUUCUGGGUUGUUCAUCUACAGCAGGAAGCGGCCUCCUGCCUCACUGAGAAAGCAGAUGUUCUGAUCCAGUUUGGCACCACAUACCCAUGUGAGUCAGGGUUCUCUAGUACAGAAACCGACUCAAUGCUGAGCAUGACCUCCGUGUUGCACUAAAGCAGAGCCCAGAAUAGACAUGCUUGUUGAAAACUUCAACCAGCCACACGCAUCUCAUUAGGACUGUGUGUUUUUUUCUCAUCUGUGUGACGUGAUCAAUUCAGUUUAUUCCAAUUCAGAAUAAAAAAUGUAUUGUAGUUUAACAGCAAGAGUUCCAACCUAGACAGAUAUGUAAGAGUGUUUUUAAUGGGGAAAAAUAAACAUGAAAAUAUAUUUAUGGGUAUUUCAUUGUGAUUUGUUUUUGUCAAUAUUGCAUUUUUUUAGGCAUAAGGGCAAUGAAAUGUACCAAUAUUUACGUAUAGUUGCAUAUGUUCCUAAGCUUGGGUCCCAAGAAAACACAAUGUGUCAUUUUUGUCCCAGGCUGAAAAAGUAAAAAAAAAAAAAACCUGCAUUAUAUUAUACAUUAUAUAUUAAUGUAUUAUAUAUGAAGAUAUUAUAUGAAUAUAAUAUAUUAAUGCAUUAUAUGUGAAUAUAUUAUGACUACAUUCUGUAUAUAUGAAUACUAUGAAAACAUAUUAAUACAUAUGCAUACAUGAUAUUAUAUAUGUGUCACACCCUGACCAUAGUUUAUUUGUAUGUUUCUAUGUUUUGGUUGGUCAGGGUGUGAUCUGAGUGGGCAUUCUAUGUUGGAUGUCUUGUUUGUCUAUUUCUAUGUCUGGCCUGAUAUGGUUCUCAAUCAGAGGCAGGUGUUAGUCAUUGUCUCUGAUUGGGAACCAUAUUUAGGUAGCCUGGGUUUCACUGUGUGUUGGUGGGUGAUUGUUCCUGUCUCUGUGUUUGUUGCACCAGAUAGGGCGGUUUCGGUUUUCCACGUUUGUUGUUUUGUUUUGUUCGUGGUUCAUCUUCAUUAAAGAUGUAUCUAACUAAC